GGGUGCCUUCCCAAUUCCACUUUUGCAAUAUCCCGCUCAAGUUCCGCACCUCUGACACGCUUGCCAAGCUGACUGUUGAGCCUCCAACGGCAAAGAACCUGUUAGGGAUGUGAAUCACAGCCACAUAUAUCUGUACUGGCUGCCUCAUGGCUUCCGAAGCACUUCCGUCACCCAUGGUGGAUGUCGGAUUCGUUAUGACCUACUCAUACUCCCCUUUCCCAUCCCCUUCUUAAUCAGAUCCACUACGUUGGCCGGUGCUCCCGCGCUUACUCUCAGUGGGUGCUUGGCGUUUUCCUAACAGCCUGUUCGAUAUCACUGGCCGACCCCUUCCUUGUUCCGCCCGCGGAAAGCGCCCCACAAAUGUCAAGCCGUUGGUCGAAACCAUUACCAAAAACACCCAGAAGUUCAUUAUACGCUCCUAGUGUCACUUCGGCAGGCCCUCCAGCGCCUACCCAUCCUCGACCCCCUACCGUAGAGGAGAUCCCCGAUGAGGGAAGCCCCAAGUUCAAGGCCACAGUGCAUGCCCCGUCUCCCAAGCCGCCUCCCGUAAUCGACCUUGAAAUACCGUCACCCCCAACCGACAUCACAAAUGGAUAUUCUUCUUCGCAGCUGCCUGCGAGUACCGUAUACCAGGAUCAGCAGCAGCAGACUCUCGCUGGGAAUAUGACACCUCCGUUCCGGCCGUUUGCCUCUCCACCCGAUUCCAACAUUGAUGAGGUCCUGAGUAGUAGUUUAUCCUCGCAAGAGAGGCUUGAACGUACCCAGCGGCGAGCCCUCACCCCGUCAAAAUCCGCAUUACGCCGGGGCAGGGGCCCUACUGUGGAGGACCCCAUUGGCUCUGUUCCUCCUUCCAGCUUCCGGUACGGCGCGAACGGUGCAGACGAUGUUAGCGAUCAGUCCAAGGGUCCUCUUCAUGUUGCUAACCCGGACCCCCAACUGGAGAAGCCUAGGGGUCUUGUCCGUUUCCGGCUGGCCGGCUUAGUUGUCAAAGGCGUUCGGCGUUUUUCUCAGGGUCCUGCCUCCGCGCUUGCUCGUAGUGCAAGCAUGCGUUCUGCGAAGAGUAGUGGGACUUCUAAACAUGCCGACCAAUAUAAGCCUGUUGACAUUGAUGUAUUACAUGCUGGUCCUGGUGGGCUCUUCGAACCAGAUCCGGACCAUCCUCUAAAGCGGAUGAUGUCAGAGAGGAUUGCGCAGAGAGCAUCGGAUAGGGACGAGAGUAGGCAUGCGGAGACUUCUAAGGAGCCAGGAUUGCCCUCAGCCGCGACAGCAGCAGAAGUGCAGCCCGAUCAAGAUCCCAUUCCAUCUCCAGAACCAGUCGAGCAGACAGUACGGCCAGGGGAAGAUGAUGUCGCACAUGAGGCGGUUGAACCUCAGCUCAAGGUAGCAAAACCCUCAGUGCGACGACCUCACGCACGUACCCGUAGUUAUCGCGCAUAUCGACGAGCAUCUUAUCUUCCGGUGAAGAGGGAGCCGCGAACCAGUCCACCUGUUCAUCCCGCUGGCGGGACCCAGUCAUACGAUGCUUCAGCAUCGGACCAGGAAGAGUCAUCACCGGUGGCUAUGGCUGAUCCUGCUGCGUAUCCUUCGCAGCCGGUAGAUCCAUCAGAGCAUGUUUCUCGGUUCCGACGAGAACCAGUUGGCCUUGAAAUCUACGAAGGAGAGGAUAAACCACGUCUCAUCAAAUCCCGCUUUGGUCCUGUGGGCCGGUUCUUUAAGGCUGUCUGGGCACUUCCUUGGAGAAGUCGGGAUCAUGUAACUGUGACUUACAUUCCAGGGAAGGUUAGGCGUGGAGAAGUAGUCCUUGGCGAACCAUGGUACCGAGCUCACGCGAGUCCAAACCGUUAUCCGAAACCGAAUCAGGAGUCUUCUGACUCCUCUACUGACUCGAACAAGGCAGGAUAUGUCCCCGCCGAAGCUACCCCUGCAACCAAGACACGCACACCAUCUGUCUCACGUCCACAAGUUCAGGGUAGUCGCUCAAGCCCAUCUCGGGUUCGCCCAGCAUAUCAAACCUCGAUCCCCCGUCCUCCCCCCCACCGGCAAAUGAGUGCCAUAACUCGCGCGCGAUCGGCAACUCAAUCUACAAGUACAUACUCACACUCCCAUAUCUAUCCACAACUCCCCUCGCGUCCCAUCCAGCCAUUGCAUCAGAAUGUAGAUCCAACUCUUCCUAUUCAAGUAUACGCCCAGGGGCAGAUGCCUCUGCAUGUCGCACCACCCGGUGCAGUGCCAAUCAACGUUUCUGGCCCUCCUAUUGAUGGACAAUCACCACCACCUUCCUUGGGCUGGCUCACUACAGGCGUUGUACCAAGCAGCAUUGUAGCGUCGUCUGGUAGUAUUAGAAGACGUCAUACAGACAAAGCUGUCUACCGGUAGGUUUGUUACCCAAUUCUUCGUUUUCGUGUUUCUUGUUGUAUCAUCUAGUAUCACGACUCUCACGCCUCUUGACGUCAGCUCAAGCGAAAACCAUACCCCUGGUUGAGGUAUCGAAUGCGUAGAGCAUUAUGACGCGAACCCCACCCCCCAUCCUUGAAUGCCGACAUGUUGUUAAUAAUGCAAACUCAAUACAAUGAUAGAGACAGGCUGACGGUGUACGGGGUGCAACACCCAUCUGGGAGCCACCAGCGGCACUCGUUGCCCAAGGACAGCUUGCAAUGACCGUCCGCCGUUUGGCACCGCUUCGGGGGCGACAGUGAUCACUUGGCUCCCUGGAAAACGUUCCAAGAAUCCCGGUAUCGGAAUCAGAAUGCACCAAGGAGCCACUCAAUGUCUGCCAGCCGAGUGGGUACCAUCGAGGUUUGCACAGAGGGAAUUAGUGAUGCGUAAAAGAUCAUCUUAACCA